CAGAGGUUGUAGGGGUGGGAUCCAGGUGGGUGGUUCUUCAGACAUUGCCUCUGAAGACACUUCAGAGUCCAGGCCCAGCAUCUGUGGCUUUCGGGCCAGGGCCCUUUGCUCAACACCAGGCAGCUGGGAGAGGCUUUGGGCCCAGCUGUAAAUGUCUGAGAGCACGGCUGCCUGGAGCAGGCUAGAGGGAGGAGGGCUGGUGACCUGAAAUCACACCCUAGAGCUUCCAGGGGCCUCAGCGAGGAGGGAAAGAGAGUGCUGGGACUGCGAGGGGGACUGCCAGAUAUGUCCCCCAGAAUCAUGGGCUUUAGGUGCUGGAGGGGCCUCAGUGACCUUCCGCCUGGCCCCCUGCGGGCAGCACGCCUCUGCUGAGAGGCUUCAGGGGCCAGGGCUGGGGGCUGGCACUGCCUCUGGUGGCACUGACAUCAUCCUGCUCAAGGCUUGGCUGCCGGCCAGGAAGGCUUCUCUGCCCGUGCCGACAGGAGACCUGUGCACGCCCACCCCGUGGCACGACUGGGGUCAGGACCAGCGCCUGCUGCUGCAACUGAGAUCCUGCCCUGUCCAUGGCCACAGGCGCACCCGGGACCGGCCUCAGAGGCGGGUCUGGCCAGGCUGGGUGGAGGGCGGGGGCUGACCGCAGACCUGGGGCUGCCACACCCAUGGAGGAAGGGCUGUGGCAACGUGGGCGCCUCCCGUUGGCUGGGCCGAGGCAGCCUCCCACCGGCUGCACAAGAGUUUCUUUAAGGAGUUUCCCCUGUGCGUGCUGGCAGCCUUGCGCUGCUCUCAGAGUCCCGACUUCCGUGUACACUGCAUGGAGAGCUCCUUCCUGUUCACAGGCUCCCCACCCGUGCAAGAAGCCACCGCCCAGCCAUGGACGGGGAGGAGCAGCAGCCACCGCAUGAGGCCAACGUGGAACCUGUUGUGUCGUCGGAGGCUUCAGAGCCGGUGCCCAGGGUGCUUUCUGGGGACCCCCAGAACCUGUCUGACGUGGACGCCUUCAAUCUGCUCCUGGAGAUGAAGCUAAAGCGGCGGCGUCAGCAGCCCAACCUGCCGCGCACUGUGACCCAGCUGGUGGCUGAAGAUGGGAGCAGGGUGUACGUGGUGGGGACAGCCCACUUCAGCGACGACAGCAAGAGGGACGUCGUGAAGACCAUCCGGGAGGUGCAGCCUGACGUGGUGGUCGUGGAGCUCUGCCAGUACCGUGUGUCCAUGCUGAAGAUGGAUGAGAGCACGCUGCUGCGGGAGGCGCAGGAGCUCAGCCUGGAGAAGCUGCAGCAGGCCGUGAGGCAGAACGGGCUCAUGUCGGGGCUGAUGCAGAUGCUGCUGCUGAAGGUGUCUGCGCACAUCACCGAGCAGCUGGGCAUGGCCCCGGGUGGCGAGUUCAGGGAGGCCUUCAAGGAGGCCAGCAAGGUGCCUUUCUGCAAGUUCCACCUGGGUGACCGGCCCAUCCCUGUCACCUUCAAGAGGGCCAUCGCUGCGCUCUCCUUCUGGCAGAAGGUCAGGCUGGCUUGGGGCCUGUGCUUCCUGUCAGACCCCAUCAGCCACCCUCUCCACAGCAAGGACGACGUGGAACGCUGCAAGCAGAAGGACCUGCUGGAGCAGAUGAUGGCUGAGAUGAUCGGCGAGUUCCCGGACCUGCACCGCACCAUUGUCUCGGAGCGCGACGUCUACCUGACCUACAUGCUGCGCCAGGCCGCCCGGCGCCUUGAGCUGCCUCGGGCCUCUGACGCCGAGCCCAGGAAGUGUGUCCCCUCUGUGGUGGUGGGCGUCGUGGGCAUGGGCCACGUGCCUGGCAUUGAGAAGAACUGGAGCACCGACCUCAACAUCCAGGAGAUCAUGACCGUGCCCCCGCCGUCCGUCUCCGGCAGAGUGUCUCGGUUGGCCGUGAAGGCGGCCUUCUUCGGUCUGCUGGGCUACAGCCUGUACUGGAUGGGCCGCCGCACUGCGAGCCUGGUCCUGUCGCUGCCCGCCGCGCAGUACUGCCUGCAGAGGGUGACCGAGGCCCGGCACAAGUAGGAGACUGCUCCCCGCCCGCUCGGGCCCCUGAGGAGCCAGUGCCCCCGCGGCACUUCCUGGGUGCCAGGCGCAUCCUAGCCCGCCGGAGGCCCCUGCCACCCCCCAUGGGGGUCUGGGCCCGGCCUCGCCUGCCCUCCUGGUCCAGUCACCCCUCCCCCAGCCCACCCAAAUAAAGGAUUAUUUAACUGUCUGAGCUCAGGCCUCCCGGCAGCCCCUCCCCUCCCAUACUGCAGGGGCUGUUCACCGGCCUCUGGACAAGACGCCCAGCUCCGAGGAGGCAGGGGCUUGGAGGAGCCGAGGCGUGCGCUGCCCUCUGAGCCCUGGUGGCGGGCGGGGGACAAUGGCCACUGUCCCUACCUCACUGUGCCUUCCUGUGCUCCAGCCAUGGGAGCUUCGGCCCAGGGGCGGCUCCUGGGGGCUCCAGGGCAGGCAAGACUGGGACAAAGGCCCGGCCCUUGAGCUCCAGCCAACCCUGCCAUGCCCCCGGCAUCCUGGCCCCGGCCACCUCCCCGGCGCCGUCUGCCUGCAGGGAUUCUGUGUUUUUGGCUUUUUUAAUGUCUCAAAAUCUUUUACUCAGGUAAUUUUAAUUUCAAAGAGAAAAACUGAAGUAAAUGUCAAAAAACACCAGCCUUAAAUCCAGGGGGACAGAAUUCUUGUUCUGGGGUCUGUCCCUAGUGGGCUUGUGUGCAGCCAAACAUCAGCUCUGGCUCCAGGCGCAGCCUCACCUGGAAGCCUGUGUCCUGAGCCCCCGGAGUGAGGGGGUGCCCAGGGUGUCUGGCCCUCUGUGGGCAGAGAAUGUGUGCACCUAUGUGGAAGGCCAAGGACAUGGGCUAUGGCCGGGCCUGCCCCGCUCAGGCCCCCUGCCCGGCGGCCGUCUGUGUGUGGGGCCUCCCGUGUGCGGGGCCUCCCUCCUGGCUGUCCAGGACACGGCCUGUGCAGCCCCAGCCUGGACCCAGGUCACCUCUGCUUGUGUCUGUCCCGACUCAGUGUUGAGUCAAAUCAGGUGUGCAUCAGGAGCUGGCCGUGUCCUUCCUGCCACACUCGGGGAUUCAUUCCUUAGAAACUGAAAUAAAUUCUAAUUUUGGAAA